AUGUGUCUGUGCUGUAUCUGCUGUACUGUAUCAGAUUUGAUACUUUAUAUUGUUGCCAUAAUAUUCCCACCGAUUGCCGUGGGAUUGAGAUCGGGUUUAUGUUCCAGUGACUUACUAUUAAACGUGUUGCUAACUAUGUUUGGGUUCCUCCCUGGAAUGAUUCAUGCUUUUUAUUAUAUUACCGUCACGUCACCGCUAAGGACGGAUACCGAAACACGUUAUUAUUAUGAGCAAGGGUGGAAUGACGGACAAAGAUAUGGAAGCCCAUCUGCGGUAACGACCGUUUCUCAUCAACCCACUGGUGUAGAAGAUCCUCUAUUGCCAAGAACUCAGAUUCCUCUAAGAUAUGAACCAAAUAACUACGCUCAGGAUGUGCCAAAGGGUUCUCCCCCACCAUACACAGAAAGUGUAUGA